UUGUCAAUCGCAUUAUAUGGUAAAUUAUCAUUUAGCAAUAUUUAAUAUUGAAUUGUCAAAUUUUUUUAGUUUUAAGAUCAUUUUAAUUUAGACUUUAGUUUAAUUAACGUAGUUGUAAGAGAUAACGUGUACAAUGUCGACUGCUGGGAAAGUAAUUAAGUGCAAAGCUGCCGUGGCAUGGGAGGCUGGCAAACCAUUAUCUAUUGAAGACAUUGAAGUAGACCCGCCCAAAGCCGGCGAAGUCCGCGUGAAAAUUCUUGCAACAGGCGUUUGCCACACCGAUGCUUACACGCUUUCUGGUAAAGAUCCCGAAGGAGUUUUUCCUGUGGUACUUGGACACGAGGGCGGUGGCAUUGUCGAGAGUGUUGGGGAAGGCGUGACAACUGUUAAACCUGGUGAUCAUGUGUUACCUCUAUACGUUCCGCAGUGCAAAGAGUGCAAGUUCUGUCUAAAUCCCAAGACCAACCUUUGCCAGAAAGUGCGUAUUACCCAAGGUCAAGGUGUAAUGCCUGAUGGAACUAAAAGAUUCCGUUGCAAGGGUCAAGAAUUGUUCCAUUUUAUGGGAUGCUCCACCUUCAGUGAAUACACAGUUGUUUUGGAAAUCUCUCUUUGCAAAAUUGCUGAAAAUGCUCCAUUAGAUAAAGUAUGUUUGCUUGGCUGUGGAGUUACUACAGGAUAUGGAGCUGCAUUGAAUACAGCAAAGGUUGAGCCUGGAUCCAGCUGUGCAAUCUUUGGUCUGGGAGCUGUCGGUUUAGCUGUAGCUCUUGGCUGUAAGGUUGCAGGGGCUAAGAGGAUUAUUGGUGUGGAUAUAAACCCAGAUAAAUUUGAAACUGCUAAGAAAUUUGGUGUAAAUGAGUUUGUAAACCCUAAGGAUUAUGAUAAGCCAAUCCAGCAAGUUCUUGUUGAUUUGACAGAUGGAGGAUUGGAUUAUACCUUUGAAUGUAUUGGUAAUGUGAACACAAUGCGUGCUGCCCUUGAGGCCUGUCACAAGGGUUGGGGAGAAUCGAUUAUUAUUGGAGUGGCUGGUGCUGGUGAAGAGAUUAGUACCCGUCCCUUCCAGCUUGUAACUGGUAGAGUUUGGAGAGGUACUGCCUUUGGUGGGUACAAGAGUCGUGAUAAUGUUCCUAAACUUGUUGAAGACUACCUCACUAAGAAGCUUCCACUAGAUGAUUUUGUAACCCAUAAAGUGUCACUUAAUGAAAUAAAUGAAGCUUUUCACCUUAUGCAUGUAGGAAAAUCUAUUCGUGCUGUUGUUGAAUUCUAAUAUUAUAUAUUACUUUGAUGAAUCUUUAUUAACCAGUGCAUUUUAAACAGUUUCUAAAACUGCAUUUAUGUAUUUUAGAAAUAUAUAUUAUUUUCUAUAUUA